CUCUGUCAAUAAAACGCCGAAAAUACAUAAAUACAGCAACAAUAAAAUUAAAAAUUAAGUACAACAAAUAAGAAAACAAUUUAGUUUCAAAUACCAUUAUGGAAACUUUGCUUGAACAGCAAAGGCGUUACCAUGAAGAACGCGAACGUUUGGUGAAAAUUAUGGUUGACGAGUAUGCCAGCAAGAAACUGAAUGAAAAAGACCGCAUAUAUUCCGAACACAGAUUGAAGUACCUCGUGGAUUUGCAUUACAAUUCAACUUCCAAGUUGAGAGAGCUCUACGAAGAUAAGGACAAUGAGAGAAAAAUGGAGAUUCAAGCCCUAUCGGGACCAAAUGAGUUCAAUGAAUUUUACAACCGCCUCAAACAAAUCAAAGAGUUCUACAAAAAACACCCUAGUGAGGUCAGCAUUCCUUUAUCUGUCGAGUUUGAGGAUAUGGUAAAGGCCUACAAUAAUCCAGACGAAAUGUCUGCCUUGGUUGAGUUUACCGACGAGGAAGGUGGUGGACGUUACUUGGAUUUAAACGAAUGUUAUGAGAUGUAUGUCAAUUUAAGAGGUGUUGAGAAGGUUGACUACAUUACCUAUCUGAUGACAUUUGAUCAUGUCUUUGACAUUGCCAAGGAGAGGAAAAACAAGGAGUAUAAGAAAUAUUUGGAGUCAUUAAACGAAUAUUUGCAUAAUUUCGUACUGCGAGUGCAGCCUUUACAUGAUAUUGAUGAGGAACUGGUAAAAGUAGAAUUGGACUUUCAAAAGCAAUGGCUGCAAGGCACAUUUCCCGGUUGGGUCUCAAAGGAAACAGAAUCGGCUUUGGCAAAUACAGGAGCCCAUUUAGACUUGUCUGCUUUUUCCAGUUGGGAAGAGUUGGCUUCCCUUGGUCUUGAUCGUUUAAAAUCAGCUCUGAUGGCUUUGGGUCUUAAAUGUGGUGGAACUCUAGAGGAAAGGGCUCAACGAUUGUUUUCCACAAAAGGCAAAAAAACAUUAGACCCCUCUCUAAUGGCCAAGAAGCCUUCCAAAACAACCAGCAUGCAAUCUCGAGAGAACGAACGGCACAAAGAAAUAGCCCAAUUAGAAGCUUACUUGUACAAAUAUGCCGAUUUAGUAUCUGAACAGCGUAGUGCUACGAAGGAAAACGUUCAACGCAAACAGGCUCGCACUGGAGGCGAAAGGAAUGACAGCGACGUUGAGGCAAGUGACUCAGACAUUGAUGAUGACCCGGAUGCCGACGAUGUUCCAUACAAUCCCAAAAAUCUUCCUUUGGGCUGGGAUGGUAAACCUAUUCCUUACUGGCUUUAUAAACUCCAUGGCUUGAAUAUUAGUUAUAAUUGUGAAAUAUGUGGUAAUUAUACGUACAAAGGGCCGAAAGCCUUUCAACGUCACUUUGCCGAAUGGCGCCAUGCUCAUGGUAUGAGAUGUCUAGGCAUUCCAAAUACUGCACAUUUUGCAAAUGUUACUCAGAUAGAAGAUGCUAUUACUCUGUGGGAAAAACUGAAAUCGCAAAAAACCUCUGAAAGAUGGAUUGCUGAUCAAGAAGAAGAAUUUGAAGACUCUCAGGGGAAUGUGGUAAAUCGUAAGACCUAUGAAGAUUUGAAGAGACAAGGUUUACUAUAAAUUGUACCACUACAUUAAACAUAAAAUGAGAAUAAUAAAUAUAUUAAAUAUUUAUA